CUCCGAUGUUCAGUCAGAUACUAAAACAACCAACACACAAUGGAGUUAUGUUCACGGGGCCUCAACUAUCCGUCUUCUUGGAGCCACGAUUGGCCAGCGCAUUCAGGAAAUAGUCGAGAGACAUCCUGACAGGACCGCUGCAGUGUUCUUCAAAGAUGGUGUUACCUUAACAUUUGCAGACAUGCUGGCAAAGGUUGACAUGCUGGCUGCAGGCUUCCGGUCUUUAGGGCUGUCACAAGGGGACAGGGUUGGCAUCUGGGGGCCAAACUCGGUAGAGUGGCUGCUAACUCAGUAUGCUGCUGCACGUGCUGGCCUCAUUUUGGUCAAUGUCAACCCAGCUUACAGAACGCAAGAGUUGGAAUAUGCACUUAGAAAGGCUGGGUGUAAACUUCUUGUGGCAGCAAACAGUUUCAAGGGAAGUGACUAUGUUGCCAUGCUAAGGGAGAUAAUUCCAGAACUGGAUGUUUUAGCUCCUGGAAAUGCCAUCAGCUCAAAAGUGUUGCCAGACUUAAAGUACAUACUCACCAUGGGCCCAGCGAAGCAUUCUGGAACCUUCCGAUUUGAUGACGUUUUGACAAUCGCUAGUCCGUCACAGAGGCAAAGUAUAAUUGACCUCCAAGACCAGUUACAGUUUGACGACCCAAUCAGCAUUCAGUUUACAUCGGGCACAACAGGUUCACCAAAAGGUGCAACUUUGUCUCAUCACAACAUCUUAAACAAUAGCUACUUCUCUGGAUUCCGCUGUGGAUACCAUGAACAUGAAUCCAGCAUCUGUGUGCCUGUUCCACUGUAUCAUUGUUUUGGGAUGGUGGUUGGCUGCAUGCAGAUGAUAAGUCACGCUGCUACAAUUGUGUUUCCUUCCCCGACCUUUGAUCCUGGCUACACGCUGAAAGCUGUCGAAGAACAAAAAUGCACCUCUUUGUUAGGUGUGCCAAGUAUGUUUAUUGACAUACUGAACCACCCGAGCUGUGCUGGCACCAACUUCUCCUCGCUGUACACAGGCGUCAUGAGUGCUUCUCCAUGUCCAAUCACGCUGUGUCGAGCCGUCGUGGAGCAGAUGAACAUGCAUCGAUUUACUGUUUGCUAUGGUUCCACUGAAACAAGUCCAGUAUCGUUUCAAACAACAGGAGACAGUUCAUUGGACCAGCGAGUAUCCACUGUAGGAAAAGUCAUGGACCAUAUUGAGGGCAAAAUCAUUGAUGCCGAUGGCAGAAUCGUACCCAUAGGAUCACAGGGUGAGCUGUGUACCAGGGGACCUAACAACAUGAUUGGUUACUGGGAGGACCCUGAGAAAACAUCCAAGGCCAUCACACCCGACCGCUGGUACCACACAGGGGAUUUGGCUGUGUUCUCAGCAGACGGCUACUGCAGCAUUGUGGGACGGAUCAAGGACAUGUUGAUUCGGGGAGGGGAAAAUAUCUACCCGCUAGAAAUUGAGCAAGUGCUGUACAAACACCCCAAGAUCAAGGACGUUCAAGUGAUUGGAGUGCCGGAUGAAAGACUGGGAGAACAAGUCUGUGCCUGGAUUGUCAUAAAACCUGGCAUGAACCUUACAGAAAACGAAGUCAGGGAAUUCUGUAGUGACAAGAUGGCCAGAUUUAAAAUCCCAAAAUAUAUUCUUUUUGUGGAUAGUUUCCCGACAACAGUUACCGGGAAAAUACAGAAGUUUGUCAUGAGAGAAGAAAGUAUCAAACGAUUGAAUUUACCUCUGAACUGA